AUGCACCGUACAUCCCGUCGCAAAAUCCAAAUCACUGCUAUGCCUGCCAUCCAUUCUGCCGUCGUUAUCGCCAUCUUCCUCACUGUCGAAUCAGGCGAUGAGGUCGUUGGCGUUCAUCUCUUUGUAUCAGCUUUCGCAACUGGUACCAUGUUUCUUUCUGCGAGAUCAGAGUUACCUGAUGAAUAG